AUGGUGGAGAAAAGGUUGCAUAGAACAUAUAAUUAUGUUUAUUUGCCUCUCACAUUAGCCUUAACUUUACCGGUUUCAACUGCUUCUGUGGAAAGAGCAUUUUCUACUAUGAAUAUUGUGAAAGGUCCACUUCGCAACAGAAUGGGAGAUCAAUGGUUGAGUGCUAGCUUCCUUAGGUUGACUCCUGGAAGGAAAUUUCCUGAAUCCGCCACUGGUGCCAAGUACACUAAACGCGAUCAAAACCACAAGUUCUGGGAUGGAAGUCUUAUUCACAUGUCAAACUAG